AUGACAGAUUCUACAGAAGAGUCAAAGCUGGAAAUAGUGAUGUUCCCAUGGCUUGCUUUUGGGCACUUGAUCCCAUAUAUGAAUCUGUCAAAUGAACUUGCAAAAAGAGGUCACAAAAUCUCAUUCUUGUUGCCAAAAAAUGCAGAAAUUAGACUUCAAAAACUCAAUCUUUAUCCAAAUCUCAUCAAAUUGCAUAAACUGACAAUACCUCAUGUUGAUGGCCUUCCAUAUGGAGCAGAGACUACAGCUGAUGUUCAUAGAUCAUUGGAGAGUCUAUUAGCAACAGCUUUUGAUGAAUUGUAUGAUGAAAUCAAAUCUUUUCUUCAAAAUCUAAAACCCCAUUUCGUUUUCUUUGAUUUUGCUUAUUGGAUUCCUGAUUUAGCACGAGAAAUUGGGGGUAUCAAGACUCUGUUUUACACUGUUUUUUGCCCUGCUGUAGCAUGUAUAUCAUUCAUUCGAUCACCGGACAAGGCUAUUUUUAUGGCAUCAACUGCAGCUGAGCUAGUAAAGCCACCACCAGGUCACCCUUAUUCCUGAAUUUCAUGUUUCUUUUAUAAUAAAUAAAUGUUUAUGUGGUCAAUUGGUGCAUCUCCAGGUUACCCUUCUACUACUGUGGUGUUGCACGAAUGUGAAGCUAAGUUGUUAUCAUUUCUAUUUCAUGAAUAUGGUAAGGGCGUAACAAUGUAUGAACGAUUGAAGACGGGAUUGACACGAUGCAACGCAAUAGCUAUGAAAUCAUGUAGAGAGAUUGAAGGAGCCUUUUGUGACUACAUAGCAACACAAUUUGAAAAGCCAGUCCUUUACACAGGACCUGUCAUUUCUGAGUCAAAAAAGGAGCCUUUAGAAGAACACGGAUUAUCAAAUUGGCUCGAGAAAUUCAAGCCAGGAUCAGUAGUGUUCUGUGCAUUUGGGAGCCAAUUGAUUCUUAAAAAGGAACAGUUUCAAGAACUUGUUUUAGGCUUUGAACUGACUGAGUUACCAUUUCUUUUAGUUGUUAAGCCACCUCAAGGGACAAAUUCAGUAGAAGAAGCCUUGCCAGAGGGAUUCAAAGAAAGGGUUCAAGAAAAGGGCUUGAUUCUUGAUUGUUGGGUGCCACAAUUGGAGAUUUUAAGACACAAAUCAGUUGGUUGUUUCGUAACUCACUGUGGUUAUGGGUCGAUGUGGGAGUCUUUGGCACUGUGUGAUUGUCAAUUGGUACUUUUGCCAAGGCCUAUUGAUCACAUUUUUAAUGCUAGGCUGAUGGAAAAAGAACUUAAGGUUGGUGUAGAAGUGGAGAAAGACGAAAAUGAUUUGUUUACUAAAGAGAAUUUGUGCAAGGCUCUGAAAUGUGUGAUGGAUAAAGAUAGCCAAAUCGGUUGUCUUGUGAAAGAGAAUCAUAAGAAAUGGAAGGAACUUCUUUCAAGUCCUGGCUUCAUGAGUAACUACAUUGAUAACUUCAUUCAAGACUUGCAUGAACUUCUAGUUGAAAAGACCUAA